AUGUCCAUGGAUCUCACUCAGCUUUCAAACAUACUCGGAAACUUAUCUGUGAAUGACUUGGUAUUGGCGCUUAAAGAGUCGCAGUUACAAACCCAAGCACUCCAAGAAGAGAUUCGCCAGCUCAAAACAGCUGUCCCCUCCAACAAAAACCUCUCCGACAUCUCCACAUCUGUCUCGUCCAUGUCAGAAUCUACUGGAUCAACUACAGACUCUUCUGCCGCCAGUGAUUUGACAUCUAGCAAAAAAUCAAAAACUUUGUUUCAAUCCAAGGAGAGCCAAGCCAAGCUGAAUUAUGUUGUGUGCAGAAUGGUUUUCUUUGGAAACAUAUGGUGGGAGACAAAAGAGCUUUCAGGUUCUGCGCUUGAAUACGAUGUUGCGAUUCGCAAGCUGGACUCAGCUGUUGUUGCCCUCCAUGCUGCUCCUCAUAGCUGUCAGAAAGUACUUCAGGACUGUGUCACAGUACUCAGGAUCAUCGUCAAACUGCAUGAAUACCUCCCGCCAGUUUACCACCCACUUAUUGGUGCGACGCUUGACGGUAAAUAUUAUAAGAUGUUUAAAUUAAUGGCAAAGAAGGCACAAGAGGGCCGCUCAAACAUGAUGCAUCGUUUUAGAGAAGUCAGACACAGGAUAUUUGAAGGGGUCCUUCCUGCUACGCACUUCCAAAAUGGCUUUGACCGAUUCACUGACCCGGAAUGCCGGCGGCUUUUGGGAUAUGAUGAAGUCAAGAAGCAGUACAAGCGGCUUCCACCUUGUCUGUUUGCUGAGGGUAGAAUUUCUGGUGCGACUAUGUUUAGAGUCCAAGCGGGGAUAAAGAUUCUUCUUGCCAUGCUUUGGGGAAAGGGCGCUCUAGACAAGAUUAAGAUUACCAUGAGAAAGACCAAUGCUACUCUAUGGGAAGUUAACGAAGUCAAUGCUCCCUGCAUGGCUUUCGUGGCUAUUGUAAUUCGAUAUCUUCUUUCUGGAGAUGGUGAUUUCGACUCACCCGGAAACCGGUCCGGCAUUGACUACGAUGCUGAUUUUGAAUACUACCUCAAAAGGAUCGAGGAGCUCAUUCAAGAAGGUGCAAAGUCUAUUUCUAACACCUUCCAGUUUUACAACGAACAGGUCUUUCACCCAAAAGUGGUGGGUGCAUCAAAAGUCCCAGGACUUCCAGUUCUGUAUGACGAUGAAGAGGAGGAGAUUUGGCGAGGAAUGAAGGAGAUCGAAGACAGCCCUGAUGACCCUGACGACUUUGACGAUACUUCAACAUCAUUGGCUUUCACUCCCCAGAUUACACCGGCAGUACAGGCUAAUACUCAUGAUGCUUCAGCUUCUCAGCCUGCCCAGUCCAUUACCCGUCCCACAUCAGCCAUCACAGCUGCUAAUGAAAUUGAACACGUGGAGAUUCAAUCUACCGAACAGACUGCGCCAGUCAAGGAGAAGAGGGGAAAGAGGGGAAAGAAAACAACUGCAGUGGCGACAGUUGUUCCACGUGAAACUCGCGCAACUCGCAGAACUCGCAGUACUCGACGAGUUAGAUUUGAGGAUGAGGUGAUCGCUGCAGGGAGGAAAACCCAAGGUGACGGGGCAACAGAGGCUACCUUGCAUACCUCAGCUGGAACUGCGCAUCUGAUGACUUCAGAUAUUAUUUCAGUUUCGGCGCAGUAUGAUGAAUAUGACGAGCAAGAGGAAGAUGAAGAGGUGGAAGAAUAAGGAGUAGAUACUUGUGUUUUAUAAGACCAUUCUGCAAUAUACUCCUGUGCUCCCAAUGUGCAUUGUGCAUGACAUGACGACAGAACCGGCUUUCUGAUAUUUUGCAUGCGUGUGCCAAGUACCAAGCUGCAUAUGAUAAUAACCUGGUUCCCUAUAAUAUUAAAGCUCAUAUAGUGUAAUGGUUAUUUUCUGUUACUGUUCUGUUAUGUAAUGACUUAUAAUAUG